AUGAUUGUUAUCCAGCAUGCCGUUCGGAAUAUGACUCUGCCCGACUACUCGGCGCAGUCCAACAGUGAUUUUGUCCGUUUGACUGGAUCGCUAGAUUCCCACUCCGAAACGGAGAUACUCCAGUCUCUAGACAAACUCCAGCAGGCCCCCAAAAUUCUUCAGGAGGGAAUAUUGUUGACCGGAGGGGCUGUGGCGAUUCUCUUACAAGCCGCGGCGCAUGGCAUGGCUAGGACUGCUUCCAAAACGGGCACUGAUGGACAGGUCAAGACAUUGGCCGAACAACUGUAUCAAAGCAUACAUCUGACGGCCGUCUAUCUCUACGGAUUAACUUUUGGAACGCACCAGCAACGAAAACAGAUUCUAAACCGAAUCUAUGCUUUUCAAGCGCAGCAACAACAGCAGCAGCGACGAAUCAGCCAUGCUGCACGAAAUGGAAUCAGUCAUCUGAGUCCCUAUCCACAGGAUCCUAGACUGCGGCUAUGGAUUGCUGCGACGCUAUAUGCGACAGGCACAGAAGUUUAUCAACGUAUCGUUCAUGAACUCAGCUUUAAAGAGGCUGAACUCGCAUUUAAUGAGUUUUCAGUUCUGUUCAACUUGAUUCUCAACCUUCCGAAGGGAUUAUGGCCAACCAAUCGUGCCGCAUUUUGGGCUUACUGGGAUGAAUAUGUUGAGAAGUUGGAUGUUGAUACACGUGCACGGCCUGUUGUACGUGACCUGGAAAGAAUUCACAAUGUACCUAGCUGGGUCAGACUGAGUAUGCCAUUUAUGAAGAACAUCACGCCGGAGAUGCUACCGCCCCAUGUUCGAGAGCAGUACGGUUUUCAGUCAUCACCCAUGAGUCGUUUCAUGUACAGGGCCUCUAUGGGUAUAAGCAGGGCUAUCUAUGCGGUUCUGCCACGGGUUAUUCGCUCUAUACCAAAGAGACGAGUGAUGAAAGAGGUGAAGGAUAUGCUUCGGGAGCCGCAGAGCGUCGCACAACCAUGA